AUGAAAAAAUCUCACCUUGGCAACCAGAUGAAGCCAAUAGCCACUAAUAUCAGUGCAGAAGUAAUAAAAUGCCCUCAGUUUAUGCGAGCAUUAACUAUAGCUAUUUUCAUUGACCGUAUAAAUUCAAUACAUCCAAAUGAGGAUUUCUUGGUUCAUUGUCAUGUGAAAUUGUUAACCCAUUAUAUUCAGUCUGAAGCACUUCCAGUUUCUGAAAUUAUUGCAAGGGAAGUGCAAUGUCUGUACGGAUUUCAAAUUAUGUCUGCUGCACUUGAAUAUCCUGAAAAAAUGGUAUUAAGACUGUUCCAUCAUCUCUAUCAGGAUAGUGUUAUAAGUAAAGAAUCUUUUCAAACAUGGAAAAAAGAUGACAAAUUCAAUGCUGGAUUCGAUGAAGACUUAGAAACAAAAAAUAUGACUGUUUUAAAUUCAUUCUUCAUUCAACUUGAACUAAACGAUUCUGAUGAAGAUGAUACAUCUGAGUAGUAUAACGGCACUAAAUUCUGUCUGCGUGUAAUCAAUAUUCAUCAAUUGACACAAAUUCUUUUUUUAUUUUAUUUUAUGGUAGAUAAACAGAUAAAUUAAAAAAAAUUAAAGUCAAAUACUUAGCUAUUGUUCAUUUAUUUCCGUUGGAAUUAAAUUAUUUAUACAUUUACAAAUAUUGGUAUACAUUGUUUUUUUUUUUUUUUAAUAUGUCAACACACUAUCUGUCUUCUUCCUCUAGCCCACGCGCAACUUAUUGACAAAGCCUGUAUGUACAGAAACAUUUUCUUAUGUUUUUGAGUAAUCUUAGAUUAAAAUCACAAAACCGAUAUAGCAUAAUAUAAAUAUUUUUGAGGGUAUGACAUAUCAAUUUGUCUAAAUAUUGUCUAAAAACAAUUUAGAUAUCAUUUAAAUUUACAAGUGAUCUCUUUAACAUAAUAUAAGAAAAAUGAUUUUGAGUAAAUGCAUUUUGUCCAUAUUGUGCGUGAGCCAGAGGAAGAUAUCAGUUAGCGAAUAUAUUAUUCUAUAUUCGUAGAUAUUAUUGUCUGCUAUUUUCUACAGUUAUAAAUGUAUACUGUUUAUAUUUUGAACAUACAAAUAAACUUUUUCUUACCAAA